AUGAAGCGCAUCUUCCAGAGGUUCCUAGUGCGUCUAGACUUAACGAGGCGCCCACCACCGCCGCCGGAGCCAGCACUCUCCCUCGCCGCAGACCUGAGUGAACUGAGCCUGGACCAGGGGUACCACACGCUCGCGGACUGCGGUCCGCCCAGGAGGAGAAGGGACAACAACCUGAGCGAUGCGCUGUGGUUGAAGGUGCUUUCCUAUUUGGAGGUGUCCGACCUCUGCCGCAUGUCGAGGGUUUGCAGGCGCUGGGCGCGGAUCGUGUCACGUCUCACCUCACGGCCGGAGCCCUGGAGGCGAGUGCGGGCUGCUGGACCCCUGGAAGUGGCUGCGCGCUGCGCGGGCGCCAGGGCUGGCCCAUGCGUCAGCGCGGUCAGGGAGUGGCGUAUCAAGAAUUGCGCGGUGACUGUUGCCGGUGCUCAACUUCUUGUGGCGACAUUUCGAAAUCUGACUCAUUUGGCAAUCGCCGGGUCCACUAGUAUGGAUGCAAGGGCCCUAGCACCAAUAGUAACGGACCUGGUGGACUUAAGGCACAUCGACCUUACUGGUUGCCCAAACGUGGAUUGGCCGGAAUGGGCGUGGCUGGAGACUCGGCUGAUGACGCGCAGGCCGCCAGUGGAGUACAUAGACCUGACAGACUGCGGGUCGGUGACUGACGCAGGGCUCUGCGCCCUCCUGCACACCUGCCCUUCCUUGCAGUACCUCUACCUUCGACGGUGCACUCUAGUCACAGACGCAGGAGUAAGGUGGGUACCUUCUUAUUGUGCGCUGAAGGAGUUGAGCGUGUCCGACUGUACCGGUGUCACGGACUUCGGGCUGUACGAGCUUGCGAAGCUGGGACCAGCCUUGCGCUACCUGUCAGUUGCGAAAUGCUCUCAGGUAUCCGACUCCGGGAUUCGAACCUUGACCCGACGCUGCUAUAAGCUGCGGUAUCUGAACGCGCGGGGGUGCGGCGCGGUCGGCGACGACGGUGUCGAGGCGAUCGCGCGGGGAUGCUCCAGGCUGAGGGCUCUGGAUUUGGGUGCUACAGAUGUAUCGGAGGCUGGGCUGCAGAUCCUGGCACGGUGCUGUCCGAAUUUGAAGAAGCUCGCCCUCCGCGGUUGCGAGUUGAUCGGCGACGACGGCUUAGAAGCGGUCGCGUAUUACUGCAGGGGUCUGACGCAGUUGAACAUUCAGGACACGCCGGUGACGUUGCGCGGGUACAGGGCGGUCAAGAAGUACUGCAAGCGGUGCGUCAUAGAGCACACGAAUCCGGGAUUCUGC